AGAUCAACAGCCCCCAAAAUAUAAAAAGGCCACCAUUUAUGCCAAGAUUUCUGGGAUUUAUACAGGCCGCGACAAACAUCACGAGAGGAGGCGGGACCGGCCGUGACGCGGUUCCGUCGCGUGCUGCGUCCUCGCUCGCCGAGCGCAACAAACAUGUCGGACUGCAGGAGGCAGUGGAACCGCGAAGAUGAGCUGCCGGUCUACUUUGCGGCACCGAUCGCCGCCGGAGCCGACCGGCGCAAGGGCUACGGCGCCUUUGAAAACGACACCGUCGACUUCGGAGUCAAAGGGGCCCGCAAGCAGAGGAGCGCCAGCCGGGAGAGGCUGCCGGGCAUCGGCGACGAGGGCUCCGGUCAAGCCCCGGCAACCGGAUCGCACACCGACGGACAACCAGGACCUCCGCGAGUCCCCACGGCCUUUUCGCCAGGGGUGGAAAACACACCGGCAAAGGGUGACGGCCUGCUGAUUAGAGGAGGGCGAGUGGUCAACGACGAUCAGUCGCUUUACGCAGACGUCUACAUUGAAGAUGGGCUCAUUAAACAGGUCGGGGAGAAUCUGGCGCUCCCCGACGGCAUCCAAGUGAUCGAGGCCCGAGGCCGCAUGGUGAUCCCCGGUGGGAUCGACGUCAACACCCGCCUGAUGAAGCCUCAUCUGGGCGUACGCCCUGUUGAUGACUUCUUCCGAGGCACCAAAGCGGCGCUCGCCGGAGGCACGACCAUGAUCAUCGACCAUGUGUGCCCCGCGCUCGGGGACAGCCUGCUGGAGGCUUUCGAAGUCUGGCAGGAGGCUGCGGACAAGCGGGCGUGCUGCGACUACUCCCUCCACGUUGACAUCCCCCAGUGGAAUGAUGCAGUUCAAGAGGAGUUGGAGAUGCUGGUGCAGGAGAAAGGUAUUAACUCCUUCCAGGUGUACAUGGCCUACAAGGAUACGUACCAGAUGACAGAUUCUCAGCUGUACGAGGCCUUCUGCUUCUUGAAACAGAUUGGCGCUGUGGUUUUGGUUCAUGCUGAAAAUGGAGAUUUAAUUGCUCACGAACAAAGCAAAAUCCUUGGGAUGGGAAUCACUGGACCCGAAGGCCACCCUCUGAGUCGUCCCGAAGAGCUGGAGGCCGAGGCAGCGUUUCGUGCGAUCACCCUUGGCAACCGCGUGAAGUGUCCUGUCUACAUCACCAAAGUGAUGAGCAAGAGUGCAGCCGACACCGUCGCCCAGGCCCGGAGGAAAGGUGCUGUCGUUUUUGGGGAGCCAAUCACAGCCAGCCUGGCCACUGACGGUUCGCAUUACUGGAGCAAGAACUGGGCCAAAGCUGCUGCUUAUGUGACCUCCCCACCUCUGAGUCCCGACCCCACGACCCCAGACCACCUCCACACACUUCUGGCCUGUGGGGACCUGCAGGUGGUGGGCAGCGCUCACUGCGCCUACAGCACGUCUCAGAAAGCAAUCGGGAAAGACGACUUCACCUUCAUCCCAGAGGGCACCAACGGAGUGGAGGAGAGGAUGAGUUUUGUUUGGGACAAAGCUGUGGCCACGGGCAAGAUGGAUGAGAACCAGUUUGUGGCCGUCACGUCUACCAACGCCGCCAAACUCUUCAACCUAUACCCGCGUAAAGGUCGGAUAGCGGCGGGCUCCGAUGCGGACGUCGUCGUCUGGGACCCCGACAGCGUAAAAACCAUCACGUCCAAACUGCAGCAGUCGUCUUCCGAAUACAACAUCUUCGAGGGUCUGGAGUGCCGUGGGGCUCCGGCGCUGGUGCUGAGUCAGGGUCGGGCGGUGUACGAGGAAGGGAAGCUUCACGUUCAGCAGGGCGCCGGACGGUUCAUCCCUCGCAAGCCCUUCCCGGACUUCGCUUACCAACGUUUCAAGUUCAGGGACCAGAUUCAGGACAAAGGGGUCACACGCGGGGCGUAUGAUGGGCCUGUGUACGACGUGGUUCCGACCCCGAAAUAUAUCACACCUUCGCCUUCGGCCAAAACAUCGCCGACCUCGCAGCCGCCUCCGCCGGUACGCAACCUUCACCGGUCCAACUUCAGCCUAUCAGGGGCUCAGAUUGAUGACUGCGUCCCUCGCAGGUCCGGCCAUCGUAUUGUAGCACCCCCUGGUGGUCGCUCUAACAUCACCAGCCUUGGUUGAACACCUGCACACUUUUUUUCCACCCCGGUGUGCUACCAACGUGUAUGAGCGAGACUGUGAGCAUGCGUUGUGUUUCCACCCCCCCCCCCCCCCCCCCCCCCCAGCAAUGUGGCACGCACAAUUCGCACCAUAACCUAACAUAUCUGCCUUGUGAGCACACACUUGUGACCAAUGAAAAUGCACAUAAUAUUAUUGUGAUUUACAAUCAGUAAAGUCUUGUUGAAAAUCAACAUUCACAAACUAACUCGCUUUAAGAUGGUGCACCCAUUUCCCCCAUUUGUAAUAUGACACAGUGUUACCUCCUUUUGAAUAGCACAACUUAAGUGUUCCCCCACACGAUGGCGCUGUUGCUACUGGCCACUGUAGCCGCAUCAUCUGCACGUGUGCAUUUGAUUCAAUAUGACUCCCAUGCAGAUCCCAUUGCAUGAACGUCCCUUGAAAUGUUACACUAUGCUUGUGCACAAUUGCAUUCAGGUUAUCUUUAUAAGCUCUGAGCACUCUUUGAUGUUCAUUAAAAAAAAAAACUCCACAAUCACACACUUCCUGAAAAGUGCAAAGCUGAACCAGGCGUGAAGCCAUUGCAAUAAAUAAAAAGAUCAUCACGGCAUUAUAAAGUCACGCGGUAAAGAAUUGACGUGUUUUAGUUUUCCGCCAAUCAUUCAUGCCAGAAAUACAUUCGAUCAUUAGAGCUCUCAUUACAUUUUGAAUGAAAAAUAAAAAACUUCCUUAUUUGUUGUUAUUGUUGAUGUUGGUGUGUAUGGUACAGUAUAAUUAACAUUUUUUUUAAUGCCACUUUUGUUUUGUCGUUGUUGCCAUCGAUGAUCAAUAAAGACUGUUGACAAAACGGGGAGUCUGAACACUUUGAUGCAAGCUUACACAACAGGAAUAAAAUAAUAGAACUACUGUCGUUUGCAGUGUUAAAUUGCUAAAUACAUUCAAAUAAAAAAUGAAUACCUCUCCGACUGUGUCGAUGGAAAGUGAUUAUAUUGUGCAGGUUUGUCUAAUGUUAGUGCUUUUCUCAAACAAAAAGAUGAUGAUAUACUUCAUAUGAUCAUUUAAAAGCUGCUGGAAUCUGCCCCACAGACAAAUAAAUCGAAUCACUUGA